AUAGUCUGUAAACGAUGCUCGUCUCGCUCACCGUCGGCAAGGUCGACGCCGGCGUCACAGUGCUGCUGACCCCUGACAAGCGCCUGAUUGAAUUCCCCUCGAUCCUGCUCCCACCCGACAUCACCUCGGGGUCCAUUGUCGAUAUCAAUGUCGCACGCAACAAGAACUCCGAGGCGGCAGCAGAGCGCGCGUUCAGGGAGCUCCAAAAUCGGAUCCUGGCGUCCUUUGGCUCGGCCGAGCCGAGUCCUCCCGUGCUUCGGUGCCGCAACGCCACCCAGACGAGCGUCGUGCUCGAGUGGGACCCAAUCCAGCUCGCCACGGCCGACCUGAUCAGCCUGGCGCUGUAUCGCAAUGGCCAGAAGGCCGGCAACAUUCCCAAGCCGCUAUCGAUGCAUACUACCAAGAUCAGCGGCCUCGCUGUCGACACCGAGUACACGUUCCACCUGGUGCUGCGCACCACAGCUGGCACCUUCGCGAGCCAGCGCGUCACGGUGCGCACUCACAAGAUGACAGACCUCAGCGGUAUUACCAUCACGACGGGCAUCCUGCCGUCCGCCGUGCGAGAGGGACUGGCAGCGGCAGUAGAGCGCAUCGGCGCCAAGAUAGUCGACGGCGUGCGGAUCGACACAACACACUUCGUAACGACCGAAGGCCGUGGCCUGCAGUGGGAGAAGGCCAACGAGCUCAACAUCCCCGUCGUCCGGCCCGAGUGGGUCGAGGCCUGCGAGCGCAACGGCCGCAUUCUCGGCGUGACAAAGUUUUACCUGGACGCCGUGCGAGUUGGGCCACCAUUCGACAAUGACAGACCCUCAACGGCUGGCACCAGCGGUGGGAACACUACCGCCUCCGCGCCGGCACCACCACAGAGAGACGCGCCGCAACACCGACCCAGCACGAGUAUCAGCAGCCAGCCGCCGCUGCCCAAUCCUGAAGAAGACGCCGCGAGGCAGAAAGAGCAAGGGGGCAUCGAGUCGUCGGACUCGAGUGAGGACGAAGAGGACCAGGAAGAACAAAAGGUGAAAUCUGGUGGGCAGGACGAGCAGAAAAUGCUCGCGGAUGAAAGAGAGGAGAAGCAGCUGGCCUCGCGGCCUAAACCUACGGUUGAGGAUGAAGGAGACGAGACCCAGCAGGAGGAGAAGGCUGCUGCAAGUGAAGAUGAGAACGGCGGGAAGUCGCCCGGUGACGGGUCGUCGUUUCAGGAUGUUGCCCUCUAGACCGGGACGGUGGGUGAUGUAAUGUGAAAGAUAUUAGUUUCAGACAGGUGUAUCAUUCAGGAGUCUCACUGGCGCAUCCAAAGCCUUUGCGUGACCAGGUUCACUCAGGAUUUGUUUUGUUCAGCCGCCGUAGCAAAGAGGGACGUCUUAGCCUUCUCAGUUAUGCAGUCAUCG